AUGGACGAUCAAAAAUUAAUUAAAAAUGUUGAACUGAUUGGACAUUAUGAAGAUUCGACUAUUGAAUGUUAUAAUGAACUUGAACAGUCAACACUAACAAAAAAUAAAAAUUCUUCUAAACCAUUACCAACAACUAACAAACAACCAUCGCCUACUGUUGUAACUUCUCAUCAACAAACGAUGAAACAAGGUUAUGAGCUUCCUCCAUUAAUUUUAGAAGGUGUUAGUCUUUCUCGUGUUGCAUUAAACAAUUUUUUAGUAAAGAAAAUUCCUGAAUUAAAAUGUAACAACAUUAUGUAUAAUGAUAAAAGAAAAAAUUUUACAAUUUAUCCUUCAACUAUAGCUUCGUAUAAUGCAUUACUUACUCGAUUAUCGUUGAAUGAAUUAUCUGAUACUGCAAAAAUUUUUAUUCCUCGAUCAAUACAACGAAUUCAAAAAACUGAUAAAGAAGCAUUUGUUAAAAGUGUGCAUAAAGAAAUAUCGAUUCAAGAAAUUCAAAAUGCUUUAACAUAUAAUGGUUAUCAGGUGAAUCAAGUAGAGAGAUUAAUGAACAAAGAAAAAACCGGUACAGGAACAACUAUUAAAAUUACUUUUGAUGAUGUUAAGAAUCGAGAUGCAUUUAUCAAAUUAGGUCUACAAAUUGAUCAUAUGCAUUUUCCUGCAGAAAAAGCAAAACAAAAAAUUAAUCCACAACAAUGUCAUUCAUGUUAUCGAUUCGGACAUAUAGCUAAAUAUUGUAAACAACAACAACUAAUAUGUUCUUAUUGUGCUGGUCCUCAUCGAUAUAACGUUUGUGAUCAAAAACAAUUACCACCUAAAUGUUCCAAUUGUCAAGGUUCACAUGAAGCAACUUCUCAUGAUUGUCCAAAGUACAUAAAUGAACAAAAACGUAUACAAACAGCAAUUGAUCGGUAUUCAUAUUCUUCCACUAGUAUACAUCAUUCAACACCAGUACCUGAUAGUCAUGAUAUUAAAAAUUAUCCGCUACUUUCAUCAACAAACUCGAUUAUUACUUCUCAAACACUCAACAGUAUUACUGAAGCAUGUACGAUGGCAACAAUGAAGGCAAUUGAGAAUAUUUCUAAUAAAUUAAUUCAUUCAUCUUCUUGGUGA